AUGAGCAGUUCCUUGUGCACGCAUCUUACUGGGACCCUCAACCUGCCCGCCCAUCCGCAUGUUCCUCCAUACGAAGCCCGAGCGCCCAGCGCAGGACUAGAGAAGGGCCGGCCGGCCUACGAGCUCCAGCAGCGCAAGUUCCUGCAGGCGCUCCCGCCGCCCCAGAUCGCGCCCAGCGGGCCGCAGACCUUUGCGCUCCAGCCCCCCCCCCCCGCCGCCUCUCGGCCUGCCAGAAAGCCGCGCUGGCGACAAGCAUCCUCGGCUUGGUGGCGGUCUUUUUUGGGGCCUUCGUGCUCUAUGUCGUCAAGUCUUGGGACCAGCGGUAUAGCAGGCCCUUGUAGUGACCCCAACGCCUUCUGCACUAUGGGUUUCAGUACAUGA